AUGCCUGAAGUCCACAUCAUCGCAAUCUUCACACCCAGACUUGGGAAAGUCGAGAGGGUCAAGGAGCUCCUCAUUGCACAAUGCAGAGAGGUUCAUGAGAAAGAAGACUAUGCCCUCAGGUUCUUGGUUACGGAGCAAAUCGACGUUGAUGUGCCUGAACUGGCACUAUUUGAAACAUAUACAUCCAUGGAUGACACAGAUCGGCACUUGAAAGAACCUCAUUUCCUCACCAUGUCGAAGAUACUCGCAGAGGAAGAUUUGCUGAGCAAGAAGACAUACGUGGCAAGGACCGUGACAACGGCUGGGUUUGAUCUCGACAGGGAGUUCAGGUCACAAUGA